CCGCUCACAGUACAAGCCUCCUUUGGGCAUUGUUGUUGGGUCACCAGGACAUUUAAAAAAAUGACGAGUCUGGAUCCGCUGAAAUCAGUCAUUUCCUUUGAAAACGUGGACGACACGUCGCUGGCUGUGCCUUCCGUUAAUCAGUACCGAUCAGGCCAACAGCGCGUCCUGGAACAAGUGCAAACUAUCAGGAGGACCAAGUCGAGGCGGCCCAGCAGCAGGAGUGGAUCUACUUCUUUAUCUCCAACAAGUCCUGUAAAUGACAGUGUGUUCGGCGAUGCUUUGAGGUCACAGUCCAAUGCAUCUAAUGGUAGUGCCUUCUCAGGGAAUGGCUUGUCUAACGCUCUCAUCCUUGAGAAACCGAUCAACUGGCAGUUAGUCAACAAUAUUAAGGGAUCCAGUGUGAAGAGGAACACAGCAGCUUCUACCUAUCAGUAUGAGAGGAGUUACGCCCCUGUCGGCUCCAUGGCGGUUGGUCAAACCAACACCAGCCGCAGUGAGCCUGAUAUGGCCUGGCUGCGCUCCAUGCCAAAACGCUCUGUUCCUCCACAGAGACUCCUUUCCAACAGGGGCACCUGCAGGGCUGAAAGAGCCAACUGUCAGUUUUUCACGAGCACCGCAUCCCAGCCUCUGUACACUAUGAAUGGCACAGGUCAGACCAAAACAAACACCCAGCUCAUAUGCAGCCAAGUUGACAGUGCACCUCCAAAGCCUCCUGUUACCAAGUGUGAUCCGAAGAGCAAAGUAGAUUGGGCAAAUGACAACAGUGGAGUUGCUGAUAUCACGAUGAAGGAGGCUGUGGAGUAUCUUUCCAACAACGACGAGACAUAUCAGCACUGUGGCGCUUCCUACAUACAGCACAACACUUUCAUUGACGACAAGGCUAAAGAGGAGGUGCUGAAGUUCAAUGGGAUCCCUCCCUUGGUGGGUCUGCUGCACAGCCCCAGUUCAGCAGUCAACCAGACAGCCUUGGCUGCCCUCCGCAACCUGUCCUUUAAAAGCAACAAUAACAAGGAAGUGAUACAUCGCUGCGGUGGCAUCACAGAGGCUGUCUCUCUGCUCAAAGAUACAGACUCUUUAGAGAUACAGAAACAGCUGACAGGUCUCCUGUGGAAUUUGUCCUCUGCAGAGAGCCUGAAGCCAGACCUACUGAAGAGUGCUCUGCCUGUCUUAGUGGAGCGUGUGAUCCUGCCUUACACAACAGGUCCCAGCUUGACCAACAGUGAUAGCCAAGACCCCGAGGUCUUCUUUCAUGCCACCGGAUGUCUAAGAAACCUAAGCAGCGCGAAGCAGAACAACAGACAGGCGAUGAGAAGAUGUCGAGGUUUGGUCGACUCUUUGGUCAAUUACAUUAAAGACUGUGUGGAAGCAGGAAAACCAGAUGAUAAGUCUGUAGAAAACUGUGUGUGCAUCCUGCACAACAUGACGUUCCAGCUGGAGGCCGAGGCUCCGGCUCUGUUCAGCAGGAUCACAGCUUUGGCCAAGACUGUCAACAGGAGCCACAGCCAGAGCGACACCGCCCCCAUCGGCUGCUUCAGUCCACAGAGCAAAUCACCCGAAAAGGAGCUCCACUUUGACUUUCCAGUCGUUGAGGAUCCACAACCUACUGGGGCAGGCUGGCUGAUUCACUCCCAAACUCUGCAGAGUUACCUGUCUUUGCUUGGCUCUAGCCAGCAAGAAGAAACACAGGAAGCUUGUUGUGGAGUGCUGCAGAAUCUCACCGCACAUGAAGGCAUUGUGUCUAAUGUAAUGAGCCAGAUCAUUGUGCAGAAAGUGAAUGGCCUGCAAGUUAUCAGUCCCCUUUUAAAGUCAAACAAAGUGAACCUGCAGAGGAGCACAGUGGCUUUGGUGGGAAACCUGACCAAGAACCCAAACCUGCAAAAUGCCAUAGCUCGUAAAGCCCUCCCGGAGCUGCUUGGCAUCCUCAGCACAGGUACCAAGGGAGGGUGUGAGUCUGAUGACACCCUAGCCAUGGCCUGCCAAACAUCCAACUGCCUGCUUAUGAAAGACCCUGAGAUGGGCAAGCGCCUGUUAAACAACAACCUGAUAAACUCACUGAAUGAUCUCAGCCAAAACGGAUAUUUCCCCAAAUCCCAAAAAGCUGCAGCCCUGCUUCUCUACAACCUCUGGUCAGAAAAAGAUUUUCAGAGCUUCCUGAAAAAGCAAGGGAUGACUAAGUCCUCAUUUGUGAAUGACGUCACCGUGGCAUCAAUUAACAAGAAAGCCUAAACUGAUCUCUGAAAGUCAUUUACCGAAGUAACUCACCUGCAAGUCCUCCAUGGGACAAAAAUGCUCUCAGGCUGAGCAGCAUCCCUUUCAUUUCACAAAGAGAUUCUUUUUAUUCAUGAUCCUUAUAAUGUUUCAACAAAAAGUUACAUGCACUAGACCUGUAUAUGGAAGUAUAAGAUUACUUUUGCUUUGUAGGUGUAAGGAAAAAGAGGUGAAGGUUAAGAUGUAACAUGUUAGCAGCCAGAUUGUCAUUGUCGCACGUUUUUGAUUUGCUACUUUCAACUGCUGUCAAAUGUCUUUUUAAUGUCAAUUUGAUCUAUGCCUGCAAUGCGGUACCCUGAGCUUGCUUUAUUAGAUUUUAUUUUGCACUGAAAUUGCUGUAGAAAAAAUUUAAUUGAAAAACAUUUGAUUUUCUAUUUUUAGUGUUUAAGUUUGCUAUAAAACCAGGGACAGUGUCUUAAGCAGUGAUGUGUUUACAUUUUGUAAAGAUUUUAUAUGUGAAUGUGAAAUUAUCUCUUUGUAAAUGCCCCUAACAGUGUCAAUAAAGCUGACCUCCUCUGGCUAUAAA